AUGAAGAAGUCUUUUGGAGUAGUGUGCAUAUCACUAAUUUUAUGUGCAGCUCUGUCAGAAACAAUUGGAUUAGUGAUUGCGGGUAAAGAGAAGCGAGGGUGGACACUAAACAGUGCUGGCUACCUUUUGGGUCCCCGUCGUAUUGAUCACCUAAUACAGAUAAAGGAUAAUCCAAGCGUAAGGGGGAGAGAAGAACUGCUAAGUCAAUACGGCAUUGACGGUCACCGCACUCUCAGUGACAAGCAUGGCCUUGCUGGAAAGAGAGACAUGCCCCUGGACAAUGACUUCAAAACAGGUGCCUUGAGAAUAGCUGAUGAGGAUGUAAUACACACUGUCAUUGACUUCUUAUCAUACCUGAAACUUAAAGAAAUCGGAGCUCUGGAUACCAUGCCUUCCUCUCUCACAUCAGAAGAGAUGGGUCAGCCCUAGUUCAACUGAUCUCUUCUCUACGCCUCACCUGCCUACAAACAACAGUAUCUGUACAUUUCCCAUUAUACUGGAUACUGGUGUCAUCAUAACAACAAUAUACUAUACAGAUUAAUCACGUUCUUAUUAUAAUUUGAAAGAAAUGGAUUGAAUAAAACUUUU